GCCACGCACACUCAGAACGGUGAAGCAGCAGCAGCAGCAGAAGUGGCAGCAGCUGGUUCUAUACUGCACCGUGACGACGGAGGCAAUUUCGCCAUAGCCAUUUCCCAUUCACCGUAACGCUCCAAAAUGCUCCUCAUUUUCUCUCUACAUUGAAUGCAAAGCUUCUCUCGUUGUUUGUAUCGACUGCUUUUAGGGUUUUGAUAUCUUGGUUAGCUUUUUAUCCAUUUGGGUUCUGUUUCUUUCAGGGUAGUGGUGUUUUUGCUGAUUUGCUUUCUGUUAGAUAUAGUGGAUGAAUUUGUAUCUUAGCUCUUGUUUAUUGAUUAUCUUGUUGGUUGCUCGUUGCUCAUUUUACCUAUAUUGAUUUUCAGUGCAUUUUCUUAGAAAUCUUUCAGUCUUUGCCAAUUGCAACAAGGGAGCUUUGGUUUUAUAUUUUGUGAAUUCCAACUUAUUUUGAUUUUCUUUUUAUUAUUUUGUUCUUUUUUCUUGUUUGUUCAUAAAGGGUAUAUUGAUAGAGAAUCAACUGGUGAGGAAUCUGAGAGAUUUCAUUUUGUUACUGAUAAGAUGGAUGAACCAACUGGUAUUGAUGCUGGUAAGGAAAAAGGAGGUAAAAAUAAGAGAAAAUUAGUUGAUCCUUCUGCAGAAAAUCCAGUUGAUCUUCCUUCAUCCCUGACUGAUUUGCCUGAAUAUGAAUUUCCUGCGGAGAAAUCUCAAAACCCUUCUGGUGACAUUGGGCCAUUUCAAGUUGAAUCAAGUAGGGGGCAGUUGGGAGAAGAGUUUGAAAUUGCUGAUUGGGAUGAUCCAAUUGUAUGCCAACUAGAGGAAUUGCUAUGUUCUAAUUUGCAUACAGUUUUCAAGAAUGCAAUUAAGAAGAUUGUUGAUUGUGGGUAUGAGGAAGAAGUUGCUGAACAAUUCAUUUCAAGGCAUGGCCUUUACCUUGAGGGGGAUCAUUUAUUUGAGAAUUUGCAGAACCUAGUGGAGUACACAAUGCUGGAGAUGAUUAGUGUACUUAGAGAGGUUAAGCCUUCUCUAUCUAUUGCAGAAGCAAUGUGGCUAUUGUUAAUGUGUGAUUUGAACAUCUUAAUGGCCUGUGAAGUGGAAGGAGACAUUUCGCACAAUUUUGGUUGUAAAGAAGUCUUUGGAGAGGGAUCCAUUGACUCUAAUUCUCAGUGGAGAUCGGAGGCUCAGAAAUCUGAAACCAUCCCUCCCAACCCCAAUGAGCCAAAUAUUUCCAGGCAUUCACUUCCUAAUUCCCAAAGUUUUCAGCCUGAAACACUCAGAUUUGGAAGUUUCCCCAGUUUACCUCACCCCCAAAAUCCUCUUGCCCGUGAAGGGCUGACACCAGAUAAGGAGAGUUCAGGUUCUUCCAGUGCUACCAAGGGACAUGUCCAGAUUACAUCUCAAGUAACUGUCCUUGAAGAAAAAUCAGUGGCUGGUCGAAAAGGUCGCAAAAAGAAAGAAAUAGCAGCGCUACGGGCAAAGGCACUUAAUGUGGAGAAGUACCGGGCUUAUGGGAAAGGAGGUUUUAGGUCUGGGAAACUAGCUGCCUUUGGUGGUUUUUUUUUGGAAAAGAAAAUGAAAAAUCCAUCUGAAAUUCCAGCCAUGCAUGUGAAAAAUGCUUCAAUGAAGAGAAAUACAGAAGCUGGAGCUUCAGCUGAUGGAAACCAUCAUGUUUCAACUAAUAUGUCAGCUAGUUUAUGUGUCACUGAUAACUCAUCAACAUGCCAUGCUAAGCUUACUGUAUCUGCUUCAUCUAAAGCAGAUACCAAGCUUGCAGUAUCAUCAUCUUUGGAAAAGAAACCUGCUCAAAAAUAUAAAGGCAUCACGUCAGUGACUCCUAGGAAACCUGAUCAUGAUGCUGAGAAGACUCCUAAGAAAGCUGAUAAUGAUGCUGAAAAGAAUCCUGCCCCCAAAUCUGAAGACAACAUUUCUAAGCCCUCUAAGGAGAUUGAUUACUAUGUUGGAAUUCCAUAUGAUGAGUCUGUGGGAAAGUAUGUUCCACAAGAUGAUAAGGACAGGCUGAUUUUGAAGCUUGUUCCGCAACUACAAGACCUGCAGAAGGAGCUACAUACUUGGACUGAAUGGGCCAACCAGAAGGUCAUGCAAGCUGCUCGUAGGCUCAGUGUUGAGCAGCCUGAACUCAAGUCACUGAGGCAAGAGAAGGAAGAAGGACACCAGUUCAAAAAGGAGAAGCAAAUGAUGGAGGAGAACACUGUGAAGAGGCUGUCUGAGAUGGAGUUGGCCUUGAACAAUGCCAGUAACCAGGUUGAGCGAGCUAACUCUACUAUUUGCAGGCUUGAGGUGGAAAAUUCUCUACUGAAGAGGGAUAUGGAAGCUGCUGAGUUACAGGCUGCAGAGUCAGCUGCACGCUGUCAGGAAGCAAUGGAGAGGGAGCAGAAGGCACUGAAGGAUACUCAAUCAUGGGAGGGGCAGAAGAGCUUGAUUCAAGAGGAGCUUGAGACACAGAAGAAAGUUUUAGCUGAGCUUCAGAAGGAAGUAGACAAGGCAAAAAGUCUCUAUAACCAAGCUGAGGCUAGAUUGAAGCAGGAAAGGGUGGGAAAGGAGAAAGUUCUUGAACAUGCUGCUUCAAUAAGGCGGGAACGAGAAGGAAUAGAAGCUGCUGCAAAAGCAGAGGAGGAUAAGAUUAAGCUCAAAGCAGAAAGUGAAAGGCAGAAAUAUGGGGAAGAGAUCAAAAGGCUCCAAAAUGAGUUAUCUGAGUUGAGGAUAAAGCUGGAUUCUUCAAAAAUAGCAGCUCUUAGAAGGAGCACUGAUGGUGGCUUUGGCAUGUUCUCUUCUACCAGCAAGGGAAACCAGAUUUCCAAUAUCUCUAAAAGGAUCUUUGAUAGCCAGGAUAAUCUCAGGAGCACAGGUUUAAAACAAGAUUGUGAGUGUGUAAUGUGCCUAUCGGAUGAGAAGGUUGUGGUGUUCCUUCCAUGCGCUCAUCAAGUCCUUUGUGAAAAAUGCAAUGAGUGCCAUGGAGAAGAGAUGAAGGAGUGCCCGAUAUGUAGGACUCCAAUCCAGAGGUGCAUUCAUGCGCGUUUUCCUUAGCCAUAGCCCACAGGCACUUUGAACCUAUUUUGCUGGAAUGAGUGGUUGUUUGAGCAAGGACUUGAAUAUAUGGGUGAAGUAGAGAUCUCUAGUGCUUGGGCCUCUUGUUGUUUUCAAGUUUUGGAAUAGUUUAGUUGGUACAAGUGGUUCAAAAGAAAGAAAUAGAAAAGAGAAAGACUCAAAAGAUAGAGAUAGUGAGGAUACAGUUAACAGCUUCACAGUUAUCU